AUGAUCUACAACAUUCAAGACAAAAAGGACCUAGAAAAACAUCUGGCAAAUGCCGGAGGCAAUUUGGUGGUUUUAGAUUUUUAUGCAACUUGGUGUGGUCCAUGUAAACUAAUUGCACCACAAUUGGAAGAAAUAUCCACAUCCCAUUCCGAUGUAGUUGUGGUGCUUAAAAUAAAUGUGGAUGAUUGUGAAGAAAUUGCAAUGGACUACAAUGUGACCAGCAUGCCAACAUUUGUCUUCAUGAAAAAUCGCAAAAUUAUAGAUGUAAUCGUGGGAGGCAAUUCAGAGAAUCUAACAAAAAAUGUUGAGAAAUAUAUACACCAUGAAAACGUCAACAAUGCAAAUACUCAAGCUAUCGACAAUGCAGAUGGAGAAUAA